UCGCGAUACCAGAGCAACCAACGCUAAAAUAUUUUUUUUAUUUAUUCCUGAAAAAUUAGUAAAUAAACACCGGUAUCUUAUAAAUAUUUAAACUCGCUGUAAUAUGAACAGAGAUUAUGGCAGGAAGGAAAAGGAAGGUCCAAGAUAUAACUUCCGCUGCUGCACUUAGAGAGACGGGUUUGUUGUUACAGAGAAAACGGACCGAACCGAGCUGCAGAGCUUCUGCCGAACCGGUACCGAUCGAAUCUGUUCGAGGUUUCGAACCGGAGCAAAGCCGUUAUUUCAGCACCGAGCCUCAGCGCAGACUGGAGCAGGACUUUUUCAAUCAGCCUUGCAUCAGUUUGGCUAAAGCAUUCCUCGGCAAGGUGCUGGUCCGCAAGUGUGCAGAUGGCUCUGAGCUCCGAGGGAGAAUAGUGGAAACUGAAGCAUAUCUUGGAGGGGAGGACAAAGCCUCACACUCAGCGGGGGGCAAACGCACAGAGAGGAACACUGCCAUGUUCAUGAAGCCAGGCACUAUUUAUGUGUAUCCAAUCUAUGGGAUCUACCUCUGCAUGAAUGUUUCCAGUGAAGGGGAGGGUGCUGCCGUGCUGCUGCGUUCUCUGGAGCCUUUGCAGGGCCAGUCUGCAAUGAGGGAGCUGAGAACGGCUAGACGAAAAGACGGAGCCCGCCAGCUGAAGGACAAAGAGUUGUGCAACGGCCCUUCCAAGCUGUGCCAGGCUCUAAAUAUACCUCGCUGUUUUGACCGUAGAGACUUGGCUUCUGACCCAGAGGUGUGGCUGGAGGCCGAUCAAAACACAAGUCCCCCAAAACCUAAGGAUAUAGUUUCAGCUCCACGCAUCGGUAUCGAGUCCCAUGGGGAAUGGGCGAAGAAACCAUGGCGCUUUUACCUCCGUGGGCACCCCUGCGUUAGUGUUGUGAAUAAAGAGGCAGAGAGAUGCUCUCUGUAUGGAAAUGGAACCAACAGUUCAGACUCAUGAGAUGUGUAGAGAAAAAACAGAAAG